AUGGACCAGUGGGCCCUCCCUAAGCCUAUCCUCAGAGCACAACCAGCCUCUGUAGUGUCUCAACAUACUACCGUAAUCUUCUUGUGUGAGGGGACCACAGAAGCCAAAGAAUACAUACUCUAUAAAGGGGGAUACCAGAUUCUAUGGAGCACAGAGAUUCCACAGAGUCCUAGGAACAAGGCUGAAUUCUCAAUCUCAAAAAUAGACCGUUACCAUGCAGGGCGAUAUAGCUGUCAAUAUCAGACCCAUGAUGGAUGGUCAAGGGAGAGUGACGCGCUGGAUCUGGUGGUGACAGGAGUCUACAGUAAACCCAGCCUGUCAGCCCAGCCCAGCCCUGUGGUAACUGAAAGAGGGACUGUCACCCUCCAGUGUGUCUCAGGGCAGUCAUAUCACAGGUUCAUUCUGAUUAAGGAAGGACCUCAGAAGCACGCCUGGAAACUGGACUCACAGUAUAACUACUCUACUAGAGAGUUCUGGGCUCUGUUCUCUGUGGGCCCUGUGACCUCCAGCCAAAGGUGGACAUUCAGAUGUUACAGCGUUAACAAGAACAGCCCACAGGUGUGGUCAGAACCUAGUGACCCCCUGGAGCUCCUGGUCUCAGGGACCCUCCACAAACCCACCAUCAAGGCUGAGCCAGGCUCUGUGGUUUCUCUCAGAAGUGUUGUGACCAUCAGGUGUCAGGGGAGCCUGGAUGCAGAAAUAUGUGUUCUGCAUAAAGAGGGAAGCCAAAAUCUCUUGGAUACACAGACCCCAGUGAUGCCUGAGAAAACGGCCAAGUUCUCCAUCCCUUCUGUGACACAGCAACAUGGGGGACAAUAUCGCUGUUACUGUUACAGCUCAGCUGGCUGGUCAGAGCCUAGUGACACCCUGGAGAUUGUGGUGACAGGUAUCUACUACCAUAAUAAACCCAGCCUGUCAGUCCUGCCCAGCCCUGUGGUGACUUUAGGAAGGAAUAUGACCCUCCAGUGUGUCUCAUGGGAGGGAUAUGAGAAGUUCAUUCUCACCAAGGAUGACCAGAAGUUUCUCAUCUCCCUGAACUCACAUUUUAUACCCAAUAUUAGGCAGUGGCAAGCCUUGUUCUCUGUAGAUCAUGUAACUCCAGACCACAGAGGCACAUUCAGAUGUUAUGGUUACUACAACCAUACCCCACACUGGUGGUCAGUACCCAGUGAACCCCUGGAUAUCCUCAUCACAGGACAGCUUCCCUUCAGUCCUUCCCUCUCAGUGAAGCCUAACUCCAUAGUGCACUCUGGAGACAACGUGACCCUGCUGUGUCAGUCACCAUUCAAAGUGGACACUUUCAUUCUGUCCAAGGAGGGAGCUGCCCAACAACCCCAGAGACUAAAAUCAAAGUCUGAAGCUUGGGACUUCCAGGCAGAAUUCUUCAUGAGUGCUGUGACCUCUGACCUCUCGGGCACCUACAGGUGUUAUGGUUCCAAAGACUCAUCUCCCUACCUGCUGACACAAGCCAGUGCCCCUGUGGAGCUCAUUGUCUCAGCCUCAGAGAACCAUGAUCACACAGUGGAGAAUCUCAUCAGAAUGAGGAUGGCUGUCAUGAUCCUCAUAGUCAUUGCAAUUCUGGUCUUUGAGGGUUGGGGCAACCAGAGACAGAUCCACCAUGAAGCUGAGAGGUCAUCAGAAGAGAAAGAAGUAAAUCUUUCAAGGUUCCAGAGUCUGAGAAAUAAUUCUGAUGAUUCAAGCUUUCUGUAAGAAAAUCCAUUUCUUAUGUCAGAGAAUUGUCCAGGAUGCAAAUGUGAUUUGGGUGAAGAGGAAGGUGUGAGGAUUUUGGUGAGAUCUUUCCUCAGCCAAUUCAUGUCCCUCCACCUGCUGUGGGCAUUUUCUACUGAACCAACACUUCUGAAUCUAUAAAGUGAGGGAUUAUGCUGUCCCAUCAGUCUGGCUUGGGUCCUCAUUUCUAUACAUAUUUUCUUUCCUCCCUCUCAUGUGUCAUUUUCCAUUUUUAUACAUUGCCACAUUCUCCAUGGCAGGAGGCUCUGUCUAUUUGACAAAAACAAGGAAGGUGCCUCAAUACCAAAAUGAUGAGUAAAAUCAGAGCCAAGAAUUCAAAUUACUCUGCCUAUGAUGCCCCAAAACCACCUCUGUGACUCCCCAUCCUUUCAGUCUUCAAAACCUAUUCUUCAUGGAGUUUUU